CAUCACCAACAAAUCUUCACGACCCUACCUUGCCUACCUUACCUAGGUAGCUUUUACUUUUGACUUCCCGCAUCCCCCGCCUUCUAGAGCAACAAAUUGAAGUCAGCCACCACACACACAGACACACAGACACACGCACACCACCACCACCAUGCACCAGGUUGAGACAGUCUCGGCAGCGCCCGCAAGUCUUGGUGGUAGUGAUCAGGACGAUAUGACCACCCAACAGGCUCCCUCCCUGAACAUUGUCGUUGAAUUCUCGGGCGGCCUGGAAAUGCUGUUUGCCGACAGGCGUCGCCUCCAGCUCACAGUGCCCAAGUCCGACGACAGGGGCAAGCCACUUACCAUCGCCUCACUCAUUGACCACCUCUGCCAGCACGAGAUGAACGAUGGCCGCAAGGAUCUAUUCGUCCUGGAUGGUCACCUUCGUCCAGGUAUCCUGGUUCUCAUCAAUGAUGCCGACUGGGAAUUGGAGGGUGAGGAGGCCUACGAGGUCCAGAGUGGCGAUAACGUCCUGUUUGUGUCGACUCUGCAUGGAGGCUAGCUGCAAGCCUUGCAUGCUGCCUUGCUGUCCUGCUGCCCGGCGGACCAACCUACACACCCCCUCUGCUCGCUGCACUGGGCUAGGCUGAUCUUCGGGAGUCUUGAUGGAUGCCUACUUCGGGCAAUAUCUGCCAGGUCUAGUUGCUUUGCCUCUUUGCGCUUGUAACGAUACCUCGCCGUGUCUGGAUCCUUGGAAGCUAUAGUACUUAGUAUCUCUACGGUGACAGACGAUGACAAGCAGGGACCCGAGAUCAUCACAUCCCCCGUACAACGCAUAGGAUGCCCCCUGCAACCCAAUCAAGCCAGGCCAACCCAGUACCGGACUUGGAAAAGGGGGUGUGUGAGGUACAUGGCCAACAAACCUCGCAGCCUUGCUCAAGAUCCUGCACCGUGACUUUUACUAGUUCAGCCACCUCGCCAGCAGCCAAGAUCACAAUCUUAUGCACCAGGAGCGAACCAAAGCAUCCUAGACACUGGUCAUUCCUUCUCCAUGGGGGAGAGGCACGGGGGUCCUGAAUGGUUGUCGGCUGGCACAAGACCCCAGCGGGCCGGAGACCUGUCAUAUUUUGACAAUUUGUGGCGCCCGUAGGCUCUUGAUCCGUGCCAGCCGUGCCAUGACCAACGCCUUAGACGUCCUUUGUGUCGGGCCUUGGGGUGGGCUUCCAGAAUAAGGGGGCUGCGAUGGUUCAGCAGAUGAGAAGCAAUAUAACGCCUUCUUCAAGGGUUUGUAGCCGGGCUCUCCCCUGACGAGGUGGCUUGAUUCGCUAUCAACGAGACUGGAAUAUUUAAUUGGUUCUUGCACCUUGUAUGGCAGUCGCCGCUAAUGGCAGC